CAAGCAGUGCUGUAGCAAUGUAGCAAAUUCAAUGUAGCUGAAAUGUAGCAAAUUCCCUUGCACCUACCACUUAGCCCUUAGCCCUCAGUUGUGUGUGUUCAUGCCUAGGUGAAGGGUGUUCUGAUUUUUGUUGAGAUAAAGGGGUAGGGCAAAGUAUUAGGGCUACAUGGCGCUCUAAAGGGAGGAUUUUCAGAGGAGCACUCCAAAUGGAUGGCCGUGCGAGCAAUGAAAGAAACCUACAAAUGGCACAACGAAAGAAGGAUCGCAGCCUUGGAGUGAAUAAAGGAGGGAGGACACAGACAAAAAGGUGGGGAGGACCUAAGGCAAUUAUGAAUGUGACAGAAGGUUAUCGAAGAGAUGUCAGCUACGGCCUCAUUAACAUCACCUCAGAAAACACUACUAUCACUAGUGGAUUCCACUACCCCAUCCCUCAAGGCAUGGACAAGGCCAUCAACGGCAUCACCAUCGUCAUUCUCUUCAUCACCAUGAUCUCCCUUGGCUGCACCAUGGAGAUCACUAAAAUCAAGGCCCACAUCCUCCAGCCAAAAGGUGUAGUAAUAGCUCUGGUGGCUCAGUUUGGCAUUAUGCCUCUCACUGCCUUCUGCCUGGCCAAGGUCUUUCAGCUGGAGCCCAUCGAGGCGGUCACUGUGCUGAUCUGCGGAUGCUGUCCUGGUGGGAACCUCUCCAACAUUUUUACCUUGGCUCUCCAGGGGGACAUGAACCUAAGUAUUCUGAUGACCACAUGCUCCACAGUCGUGGCACUGGGCGCAAUGCCCUUACUCCUUUAUCUAUACUGCCAAGGGUUCUCUGGUCUGGAGAAUGCUGUUCCCUAUGCUGGUAUCAUCAUUGCCCUCAUCUUGACCUUAGUGCCCUGUGCCAUCGGCAUUGCCAUCAACCACUGGGCUUCACGUUAUUCACAAAUGAUAGUAAAGGUUGGUCUUAGCAUCUUGCUAAUAGCCUCUGUGGCGAUCGCUGUGAUGACCAGCAUCACUCUUGGUGGAAUGUUGUGGCUAGUGCUCUCUCCACAGCUCUUGGCAGUGGCCUCUCUCAUGCCUUUAAUAGGCUAUCUGUUUGGGUACAUCUUGUCAACUCUCUUCAGAAUGGCCAGUGAGUGCAAGAGGACCAUUGCUGUGGAGACUGGCUGUCAAAACAUCCAGCUGUGCUCCACCAUUCUGAAAGUGGCAUUCCCUCUAGAGGUCAUUGGACCGCUGUUUCUCUUUCCCCUAAUUUACAUCAUAUUCCAGGCUUUAGAGGCUCUGCUUUUCAUUGUUGUCUUCAGAUGCUACCAAAGGCGUAAACCCCCAACCGAAGAAAAAACUGCAUACCUGGCAGCUGACAAACCUGAAGAGGCCAAAUCUCCUCUUCAUUGGGACAGUCCAUUGAACUUGAAGGAUUCUGCUUCUGACCAUUAAAGAUGUCCAAACAGAAGAAGAAAAAAAAAAAACAGCAGUAAGCACUGCAUGUAGAACAUGUGAAGCAACCGCUCAGUACAUUGGUGUCAGUAUUCUAAAAGCCUUUGUAUUGACCAAUGUGAUGUCUGACUUGAAAACUACUCUUUGGUCAUUUUGGAGCUUUUAUUUUAAUUAUUACAAAAAUGUUGCAACCUUCCUGAUAGUAUUCUACGAAACUGGGACUGUAUUAGAUGCUUCCUUUCUUUUUGUCUUAAGAUCUGACAUGUCAAGAUAGGAUUUUUCACAAAUCCAAAUUUUACCAACUACCUGAAACCACAUACAUAAAUGUAAAAUGCAGUAUUUUCAGUAUGAAACACAUUGUCAACUGUUUGUGUGGUUUAAUGGUCAUUAAGUGCAAUAAACUGGAAAUUAAGCAUA